UACUCCAUCGACGACGCGCCGGGUCUGGGCCUGCGCUGGGAGGGCGUGGGUGCCAUCAGUGGUGGCGGUGCCACCUCAAAGUUGCUCAUGGAUUACGAUCCACAAACCGUGUCCGACAUUCUUGACUUUCUCUUUUUGCCAAACUUUGGUUUGUCCCUCCAGAUGCUCAAGGUUGAGAUCGGGGGGACUGCCGAUGCAACAGAAGGGGCCGAACCCAGCCACAUGCAAUUCCCUGGCGAUGAAAACUAUCAACGCGGAUAUGAAUGGUGGCUCAUGAAGGAGGCCAAGAAGCGCAAUCCGGACAUUAAACUUUAUGGACUCCCGUGGUCAUGGCCUGGAUGGUUGGAUCCAGCAUCUUCCAGCACCCAUCAAGCCUCCAACGCCUUUUACAACGCUAGCUUGACGGCCAACUACACAGUUGCUUGGCUUUUGGGCGCCCAGCGUGAGCACAACCUGACCAUCGACUACGUCGGCCAGUGGAAUGAGCGCGAUGCACCAGAGGACUACGCGACUGCGCUGCGUCAACUUGUCACUCAGAAAGCUCCAGCCACGACCGUCCUCAAUCGCCUUGUGCAUUACCCAGGUACUGGUCUCACCCCAGAUGCUCAAGGCUGCAAGCAGGCACCUGUUGUACCCAAAGUCUCAGACUGCCGCCGACCAUGUCGGCAGGUUGAGCGUCUCUGGGGCAGUUCCCUUGAAGCGUCAAAUCUGAACAUCUCUGUCUAUCUGAUAGACGGCCAAUCUGCGCGCUGUCUUGCGCGUUGUGUCAGCCGAAACUACAUCACCGAUUGUCACACAGCCACCUUCCAGUGGCAUCUCAUCUCGAGUUUUUACGACUAUCUGCCGUGGCCACGAUGUGGUGUCGCGGUGGCCAAUGAGCCUUGGAGUGGACACUACGAAAUCACGUCACCGACAUGGGCUCUGGCGCAUACCGCACAGUUUGCCCCAAUUGGCUGGCGUUACGCCGCGCACGGCUUUGGGGUUGGCAUGCUGUUCCAGGGCGGCUCCUAUGUCACACGCGUUUCUCCCGAUCGGCGGGACAUUUCCAUCGUGGUGGAGAAGAUGUCGCAUGACGAUUCCAACUGUGCUCGGGGUAGCAACCCGCCGUACGACGUGUCGGCAGAAAACGUCACUUUCAUUCUGAACGGAAGCUUUGCUGGAAUCACGUCCCUCAACGUUUGGUAUUCCAACUUGACUGAUGGUAACGAUUCACAGCAGCUCUUUGUCCAUCGCGGGUCCAUUCCCGUGGUCAACGGGCGAGUCACCAUUGAGGUGGCUCGCGAUGACCUCUUCACUUUGACCACGCUCAGCACUGGCCGAAAGGGAUCCCACAACGUUCCGCCCGCAAGUCCCUUCUUGCUCCCCUAUGAGCAAGACUUUGAGAAUGAGACAUUGUAUGCGCCUCCUCGCAUCUGGUAUACCCAGAUGGGAGCCUGGGAGAUC